AUGCACGCAUCCGCAUCCACAUCAAGAGCGUCUGCUCUGCUCGUCGCAGCGACGCUUCUCGUCCUCGCAGCCACCGCCGAAGCGCAGGUCUCGUCCGCGUUCGCCGGUACAUCCUUCCCGCUCUCGUCCUUCGUUCCCGAGGUAACCUUCACGCCGGUCACGACCUUCGCCCGCGCAACGGGCGGCAACCCCACGGUCAUUGGUGGACCCGGACCCUCGCCCGACACAUCCUCGUAUACGUUCAGCUACACCGUUCCCACCCAGACCGUGCCCGCCAUCUUCCCCUCGCAGGUCUACCAAUCCCUCGCGUCGAGCGGCGGCUACAACACGGCUUCCAACGCCAAGGACCUUGUGCCCGACCCGAACAACCUGCAGAUCGCAAACGGCGCAACGGAGGCGAUCAACUAUGCUGCGCUCAAGGCGGUCUUCAUCACCGUCGCUGCGGCCGCCAUCGUCGUGGUCAUGCUCUGA